AUGUUCAAUGACGAAGACGUUAAAAAACUAAGUGUAUCUAAAAUCACCAAUGUACAAUGCUUUGAUGCUAUAGGAAAUCCUACGAAGGGUGGUCUGUAUGACUCCGCUCUUGGACCACUUCGGGAUAGAAGUGAAACCUGUGGCACUUGUAACAAUGUAUUGUUACACUGUCCGGGACAUUUUGGACAUAUAGAAUUACCUCUCGUCGUAGUCAACCCACUAUUUAUCAAGAAUAUCUAUACACUCUUCCGUGUGAGCUGUUUAAAAUGUUACAAAAUCCAAAUGAAUGAUCAAAUGAAGUUUAUAUUAAAACUACAGUUGGACUUAGUUGAUGCUGGCCACAUAACAGCAGCAUUAGACUUGGAUAACUUUGUAGGAGAUAUAACUAGUAAAAGCGAGAGUUCCCCUGAGAAGCCAAGUAAAGUGAUAAGAAAGUACCAAAAACUCUUGAAAAAGAGAGAUGCUGUCACAGAAACUUUUCAAAGUAAGAAUAUAGAUAAAUUAAGAGCAAAGUUUAUAAAUACUUAUUUCCGAGUUAUAAAUGUUGCCAAGAAGUGUGCCUUCUGUUCCAGUAAACUCAUAAAAGUAACUACAUCUGAAAAUAAAAUAAUGUACAAUUUGAGUGCGGAAACUGGUGAGAAAGGGAUGAAAGGCAUCAAAAUAUUAAUGCCAGAUGAAAUCAAACGAUAUUGUUCAGCUAUUGCUGAAAAUGAUGAAGAUAUCUUGAAACAUUGUUUUCCUGUUCUGAGAUUUUCUAAUAUUCAUCCUAUUACUAACAUAUUUUUUAUGGAAGCCAUUCCAGUCUUACCGCCUUGUGUACGACCAUGUAAUAUACUACAUGGAGAACUCAUUGAACAUCCUCAAACUAAUGUAUAUAAAAGUAUCUUGCAGAAUGCAUUCGCUGCCAGAGUUGUGCUACAUGUGUUGUCAUCAUCAGAGCAACAAAAAACUGUGGAUUGUUUGGAUCAACUUCCCAGGCAAGCUUAUGAAGGUGUACAAGGCAAAUCACCACCAGAAAAAUUGCAUGCAUGUUGGCAGGAACUUCAAAAAAGUGUCAACAAUCUUCUAAAUUGUGAAGGGCAGGGAGCGGGUAGUCAAGGCUUGAAACAAAUCUUGGAAAAGAAAACUGGUUUAAUCCGAAUGCACAUGAUGGGAAAACGUGUAAAUUUUGCUGCUCGGUCUGUCAUCACACCUGAUCCUAAUGUGGAUAUUGAUGAAAUUGGUAUUCCAGAUGCCUUUGCUAUGAAGCUUACUUAUCCUGUUCCAGUGACUGAAUGGAAUGUUGAUGAACUUAGAAAGAUGGUAAUUAACGGACCUAACAAACAUCCUGGUGCCGAAAAAAUAGAAAUAAAGAAUGGAAGGACAAUAAGAAUACCAACUGAAUCAAUUCAGAAGCGAAAGAGCCUUGCUAAGAGAUUGCUCACUCCUGAAGACUUUGAAAAAACUGGAUUGAAAAUUGUUCAUAGGCACUUAUUAAAUGGUGAUGUUUUGAUUUUAAAUCGUCAACCAUCUCUUCAUAAACCUAGUAUGAUGGCUCAUAGAGCCAGAAUAUUAAAAGGAGAAAAAACUCUGAGAUUACAUUAUGCUAACUGUAAAUCAUACAAUGCUGACUUUGAUGGUGAUGAAAUGAAUGCCCAUUUUCCACAAAAUGAAAUUGCAAGAAGUGAAGCUUAUAAUAUAAUGUCUGUUCGCAAGCAAUAUUUAGUUCCAAAAGAUGGUACACCAUUGAGUGGUUUGAUCCAAGAUCAUGUAAUCUCUGGUGUAAAAAUGUCCCUAAGAGGUACAUUUUUCACUAAAUCAGAUUAUCAACAACUUGUGUUUCAAGCUUUACCUUAUCAAAAAGGUCCUAUCAAACUUCUGCCACCAACAAUUCUAAAACCAAUGGUUCUUUGGUCUGGAAAACAAGUUCUAUCAACAAUCAUCAUCAACACUAUUCCUAAAGAUAAACCAUGUCUGACGCUAAUAGGCAAAGCGAAGAUUAGUUCGAAAGCUUGGCAAAAAUUCGAACCAAGGCCUUGGAAAGCGGGUGGUACACCUUUUCUUAAUGGAAACACAAUGACAGAGGCUGAAGUUAUUAUUAGAAAUGGGGAACUUUUAUCAGGAGUAUUAGACAAAACCCACUACGGAGCUACACCUUAUGGUUUAGUCCAUUGCAUGUAUGAAUUGUAUGGAGGUGACAGCUCAAGUUCUUUACUCAGUUCAUUUUCAAAAGUAUUUACAUUUUACUUGCAAUGGAUUGGAUUUACACUUGGUGUCAAGGAUAUACUAGUACUCCAAGAAUCAAAUAAAAAGAGAGAUGAUUUCAUUUGCUUAGUACGUAACGCUGGAAAAGUCGCAGCUGUAAAAGCAACGGAUCUAGCUGCGGAUAUUGAGGAUGAAAAAUUAAAAGAAACUAUUGAAAUUAUGUAUACGAAGGACCCGAAAUUCCGAACAAAUUUGGAUAGACAGUACAAGAAUAUGCUUGAUUCCUAUACAAAUAACAUUAAUACAGUCUGCUUAAAUGAAGGGUUACUUGAAAAAUUCCCUUACAACAAUUUACAAUUGAUGGUACAAUCUGGUGCUAAGGGAUCAACUGUAAAUACUAUGCAGAUUUCAUGUUUACUUGGCCAAAUUGAGUUGGAAGGUAAAAGACCCCCUUUGAUGAUAUCUGGUCGGUCUCUGCCUAGUUUUCCACCAUAUGACGUGUCACCCAGAGCUGGCGGCUUUAUUGAUGGUCGAUUUAUGACGGGAAUACAGCCCCAAGAGUUUUUCUUUCAUUGCAUGGCUGGUCGUGAAGGUCUUAUUGAUACUGCUGUCAAAACCAGUCGAUCAGGUUACUUACAAAGAUGUCUUAUUAAACACCUUGAGAGUCUCGCUAUAGCUUACGAUCACACAGUUAGAGAUUCCGAUCAUAGUGUUAUCCAAUUCGCUUAUGGAGAAGAUGGCUUGGAUGUUCUAAAAUGUCAGUUCCUACGAAAAGAACAAUUUCCAUUCCUUGAUACUAAUUCCGAUGCAGUUGUCAGUAAAUCUGUCCUUAAAAGACUCAAAGAAGAUACUGAUACGAAAGUUGUAACGAAAGCACUGAAAUCCUUAAAGAAGUGGAAGAAAAAGUGUGGAAGUCCUUUUGAAAAAGUUAGAACAAGUGGUUUUACUCAAUUUUCUUACCUCACUAAAAAAGAAAUCACCUUGGAUGAGUUACCAACAGAUAGAACUAGAGAUCCAUUUUAUUGGGAGUUACAGGAAAGAUGGCGUGCAUUAAAUGAAGAUGAAAAACAGCAGUAUGUUAGAAAGAAGUGUCCGGAUCCUAUUGCUAGCAAAACGUCGCCAGAGUUCAAAUUUGGUGUCAUUAAUGAGCAGUUGGAUGACUUAGUACAGAGUUAUUUAAAAAACCGCCGUGAGCAUGUAUAUAGCGAAUAUACUGAGAAGGAUAAAUUUGUAGAGGUCAUGAGCGCAAAAUAUCUUGAAUCGAUGGCAGCUCCUGGUGAACCUGUAGGGUUACUAGCAGCUCAGUCUAUUGGAGAACCUUCAACUCAAAUGACACUGAACACCUUCCACUUUGCUGGACGUGGAGAUAUGAACGUUACUCUGGGUAUUCCUCGUCUUAGAGAAAUUCUUAUGACAGCUUCAGCCAAACUAAAAACUCCGAACAUGGACAUACCGUUUAGAAACGAAAUUCCCAAUUUGACUAAAAAAGCUGAGAAAUUAAGGCAGAAACUUAAUAGAGUCACUGUAUCUGACGUUUUGGAGAAGAUAAACGUUCAAUGUGAAAUAGUCAUCAGGCCGGAGAGACAGUUAAAAACGACAAUGCGUUUCCAAUUUUUGCCACAUUCGCAAUACAAGACACAGUACGCUGUGAAACCGCCGCAAAUUAUAAAGCACAUGCAGCAAAAGUUCUUUGAUGAGAUGUUUUCGAUAGUGAGGAAACAGGCUAAGGCGACCUGUGGUGUGGUUUGGUCGGCUGAGAAGCCUAAGAAAAGGGCCAAACUGAAUGACGACGAUGAAGAUGAAGGAAACGAUGCUCCGGUCGCAGAAACAGAAAACAAUAUUGACGUAGAGAGUUCCGACGACGAAGCGCCAAACGAAGACGAUGAUAACACUGACGCCAAAAUCCGGCAAAAGAGAUCAGAAGAACAGGAAUAUGAAGAUCCUGAAUCGGGUGAGGAAGAGAAAUCUGACGAUGAAAUUGAAUUAACUGAUGAACAAGGCAAAGAGAAAGACGAUUUAGACGCGACUACCGCAGAGAAAACUUUCUCAGCGGAAACUAGCAAGAUCAUGUCAGACGUAGUCGACAGCAUAAAAAAUGCCACUAACUAUAGCUUCGAUACGAAACACCAUAAGUGGUGUGAACUGACAGUACUAUUUCCAAUAGCAUUCUUAAGAGUUGAUCUUUCGCAGGCACUUCGCGAAACAGCUAUGAAGUCAGUUAUUCACGAAAUAAAGAACAUAAAACGCGCAAUCACGAACAAAGAGAAAGAUGUUUUGUUCCUAAAGACAGAGGGUAUCAAUAUCCUGCAAAUGUUUAAACACGAUCACCUCUUGGACUUGAACAAAUUAUACAGCAAUGAUAUACAUGCGAUGGCCAGAACCUACGGCAUCGAAGCAGCUAACAAAGUGAUAAUAAAAGAAAUACAGAAUGUAUUUAAUGUUUACGGUAUUCAGGUGGACCCGAGGCAUUUGACCCUAAUAGCAGAUUACAUGACAUACAAUGGAGUGUUUGAACCGAUGAGCAGAAAAGGAAUGGAGGCGUCGUCAUCGCCGCUUCAACAAAUGUCUUUUGAAUCCUCAUUGAUAUUCUUGAGAGAGGCUGUACUGAACUCCAAGAAGGAUAACAUACGUUCGGCGUCAAGUUGCUUGAUGUUGGGGCAACCUUGUAGGAGUGGAACAGGGUCAUUUAGUUUGCAACACUAUAACAAAUUUAUUAGUUAA